AAUGAGCUCUUAGAGAAUCAUAAUAAUAACACAGGGUGUUUGUUUUUCAUAUGGUUUACUGCUGCUGGCUGUGGCGAAUUAUGCCGCCAUGUGUCAUUAAGCAGAGUAUCAUGUUUGUUUGAUGAAAUAUGCCACCACUGCAAAUCAGCCUAAUUGAGUUCACUGGCCAUCAUUGACUUCUAGAUAAAAAGAUAAUUCAGGAUUGAAAACAGUUUAGCCCGAAGAAGACGAUGGCUUCACCCACUUCGACCGUCUUGUGGAAUAUUUCCUCCCCCUCUCCAGAGAAAACGUCAGCGCAAUCAUUGCCAACGCCGACAAUUGGAUUUGACGUGGAUUCGUACGAACAAACGUAUAACACCGCCUUGGCUAUUCUCUUUUCGGGUGUGAUCUUUUUUGGGGUCCUGCUCAACUCUAUCAUUGUCUUUACCGUGUAUCGCUGGCCAGAAAUGAGGACACCUUGCAAUCUCCUCAUCGUGAACAUAGCUGUGGGCGAUCUGGCAGUUGCUUCCUUAGGAGCACCUCUGAGGAUCAUCGAAGCGUUUGUGGGAUGGCCGUUUGGAAACUUUCUAUGCAGCGUCCUGCUUCCUCUUCUCGAAAUGUUUGUUACUGUAUCGGUUGUCACGCACACGACUAUCGCCCUGGAAAGGUUCCGUGCCAUUGUGCGACCCUUAAAAACGCGUUUAUCACUUCGAAACACCAAGCUCGUUAUCUUCGCGAUAUGGCCGGCGUGCUACGUAGCUUCUGCGCUUCCGAUAGCCCCCGUUUUAAAGGUUCAAGAGAUCGACGGUUUGGAUCGGUGUUAUCCACAAUGGCCAUUUGAACUCUAUCGCCCGAUAUACCAAGUAUAUUUAGUGACAUUGUUCAUCGCCGUUCCCCUUGUCAUACAAACUAUGGCAUACUUUAGGAUCAUGAAGGCACUACAAAACAGAUUGACGCCGAUGUGUGCCAUGGCGUUAGACCGAAAUAUACUGUCUCGCGCGAUACAAUACCAAAAGCGCCGACGUGUUAUCAAAACUCUGGCGAUUAUGGUGUUUGCGUUUCAAGUUUGUUAUAUUCCUCGAGCGGUGAUGCUUAUGUUCUAUGAGUUUGGCAUAAAAAGCGUGGACUGGACCAGCUUCAAAUAUGCUGAUCUUGUGAUUCUUAUAAUCUAUUACUUAAAACACGUCUUGAAUCCGAUCAUUCUUUUUGCAUCAAGCAGAGACUUCCAACGCUGGAGCUGUCUUCAAAUUUUUUGCCGUUGAUAUCUUUGCAUGCGGCAGAAGAGAUCAUUCUUAAAAGCUCGUGACCUUUUGCACGUGGGUGUUUUUAAGACUGACAGAAACUUUUCGUCAACGAUUUAAUUUUUUUUUAUGAAUGGUUAAAGGUUACUUCGAAAACUUGACUUAGCGAGCAACACUUGACAAAGAAAUGCAACCAUUUAUUAUAAUCAAACAGAUACUGUUUUUCAUCGAAAAAACAAUGGUUAAAAACAUUUAAAACAACUCGGGAUGGUGUUUCCUUAGCUGUUUUGAGCUAUAUGUGGAUUGACAUGUUCGAUUCGGAUGGCUGCCGCUUAGUGCCGGAUACGUUUUGAUUCCAUGGUUUUUGGUUUCCUUCUCUUUUCCGCAAAAUGCCUUUUUAUGUGGUGGCGAUUGCGGUCGAAAUUAAGUUGUAAACUAAUACCAGAAUCAAAGUUUGAACUCUUAAAAGUUAGAAAACUAAAACCCAGAGGUGAAAAAGAAUAAAUCUGAGAUUGUCUGUCUGAA